UUUUCGUAUUUGAAUCGUUUUUUGUUUUUCCUUGAGUGACUGUGCAUACCCUAAACAGAAAUUUUGGAAAAUAUGUCAGCAUCUCCCCCACCACCACAUGAUUUCACCGAUCACGAACAACAUAUGAAAUGGCAGGUGGAAAAGGAGAAGUACUCUACUGUACCUUUGAUCCCACAGGAUUUCUCUCAAGGAUCAAACAGCUCAACUAUAUCUUCCACUGUUCUUCAUAGAGCCAUGAGUAAUCCAUUUGUGCCAAUUGGCAUGAUUGCUACUGUUGGUUGCCUCAUUGGCAUGCUAAGUGCAACCAUAAAGCGCAAACCAGAAAAAGCUCAGCUAUACAUGCGUGGCCGUUGCUUGGCACAAGGUAUUACUAUCGCAGCGCUUGUUGGAGGCGCCAUACUUUUUGGACUAAAGCCUGGCACACCUCAAGUGCAAGUACAAGCUCCCAAGAUGUCCAACAAAGAGCUGCAUGCUUGAGUUAAGACAUGUCGAUAUCAUUUGAUUUUCAGAGUUCUAUAUACCUCGCCGUUUGAUUGUACAGGGUAGAAAGCUAGCUCAUUAUUUGAAAUGUUUUAAUGUUCCCGGUUACUUGCUUUUUCUUUGUUGCUCUUGUAUAAAUCUUUACUAAUG